CUAGGUGUUACCCAUUGUUACCCCCUCCCUUAUUUGUCUUUAAAACACAUCUUUUUGGAAAUUGACAAAAACAAAAUCAUUUUAAUUUUUCUUUAUUUACAGUAGAGGGAUCUUAUUGAUUAAUUGUUGAUAUGAAAUAUGAAUUACACUCAGUCAUAAGAUCAUCAUCAUUAGAUCAAUUCAUUAAAAAAAAGAAUUGCAAUAAAAAUGACACAAAAUAUUACUUUAAAAAUAUUUUGUUCAAUUUCAAUAAUAAUCAUAUGCAGUGUCUUCAUUGGAUACUAUAUUGGAAGACUCAAAAGUGUUGGAUCCUUUACAUCAGGAAGUUAUCAAUUUUGGAUUCCCUCAGCAGAAAGAACUAUAAAGAAUCAACAAAUAGCACGAAACAUAAACAAGGUUAUCAUAUUUACCUAUAGAAGAAGUGGGUCUAGUUUUUUUGCUGAAUUGUUCAACCAGAACCCAGAUGUUUUUUAUAUGUUUGAGCCCCUGAAGGCCAUUGAAGAUAAUUAUGACAUUAAAGACCUCCCACUCAUCGGACCUCCCUUCUUACGACAAAUCAUGGAUUGUCAUUUUCAUAACAACACAUUUCUAUCACAAGUAAAAACCAUGAAAUAUUGGAACUGGAAACAGAUUUUUAGGAAUAUGAACCAACUAGAAGAAGUUCAAAAUAAAUGCAAACAUGCAAAAAUAGUUGUUGCAAAGAUAAUCCGCAUGGAAAAUAUUGCUCAAAUUAUUCCGUAUUUUGGAAAAGAUACCGCGAUUAUUUUCUUGACGAGAGACCCACGAGCUAUCCUCAACUCCCGAAACCAUGAGAAUGACAAAUAUAUGAAGAUGUCAUUGGAUAAAAAAAGACAAGACAUGCUCAGUGUAUGUCAGAACACCCUAAUGAACAUAAAUAUAAUACAGAACCUAAACACUGCCAU